GGAGGAGCAGAAACACCACAAGCAAAUAGGCCAGGGAUAACCUCUGGAAAUCUGCAAUGAACAACAGAAAAAAUCAGGCAAUCUUCAAAGCUUUAGACAUGACAUUUGUUAUAGGUCAGAAGUCUUACGAGGGAUAUGACUACUACGAUUUUUUUGAGCAAGUCUACAACAGACUGAAGAAGUAUCCUUUUUAUAGUAACCUGUCAUCUGCAAAAGAGGUCAGCCCCUACUCUGCCUAUCUGCAUGAUGCAGUCCUACUGUAUGCCAUGGGUAUAAAGGAAGUCAUAAAGGAUGGAAAAGACCCCCACAAUGGACGGGAACUCCUGAAGAGGCUGAGAGAUAAGAAUAGCAUCCGAUUUCAUGGAGCUUCUGGUCUGGUCCAUUUUGAUAAAGAAGGGGAGAGGAACAUGGACUACUCCAUUUAUGAUCUACAGCUUACCGAGGGCACAACACAAUUUGUGCCAAUUCUACAUUUUGAUAGCCACACCAAAGUUGUCAGGCCAACUCCUAAAUUUGCAUCAGUCGUUUGGCCCAAGGGGAAACUACCUACAGAUAACCCAGACUGUGGUUUUGAUGAUCAGCUUUGUGAAUGGGUAUUUAAUGAUAUAUCAAUGGUAGUCUUAAUGGUGGCUUUCCCUGUUAUUGGUGCAUCUGCCUUGGUGUGUAUUGGCUUUCUGAUGCUGCAGAAACUGCGUCUUCAAACUCGCCUGGAUGGCUCUUGUUGGUGGCUUAUCAACUACAGUGACAUUGCCAUAAUCAAGGAACCCAAAGGGGUGCAGGCACUGUCACUGAGUACAACUGCCAGUAAAAAUGGAAGUGGAAGUGGAGGCUCACAGACAAUUAUUUCCUCCUGCAGCUACGGCUUAACAGACAAUGCUGGGAAAGAGCAGAUCUUCAUAACCAUAGGACUCUACCAGGGAAAUAAGGUGGCCAUCAGAUAUAUAGAAAAUCAACUAGUCAGUGAUAUCAGAAAACCGUCCAUCAUUGCAGAGUUCAAUGUGAUGAGGGAGAUGAAGCAUGAGAACUUGGUUCAAUUCUUUGGGGUUUGCAUUGAGCCACCAAAUGUCUGUUUGGUUAUGCAGUAUUGUAAGAAAGGAAGCUUAAAGGAUGUUUUGAGAUGCCAGGACAUUGAGCUGGACUGGAUGUUCAAACUGUCAUUUGCUUAUGAUAUCGUCAAUGGGAUGGAAUUCAUUCAUAAGAGUAGCCUGAGAUCCCAUGGAAACCUAAAGCCCAGCACAUGUCUGGUUGACAGUAGACUACAAGUCAAGAUAUCUGGCUUUGGGCUGUGGGAAUUUAAACAUGGCAUCAAGCACAAGCAUUGCCCUAUGGAAAAUCCAAAACAUGAGGAGUUGUAUUACACGGCUCCUGAGCUGCUGAGACUAGACCAGCUUCCUUUCAACGGCACGCCCAAGGGUGACAUCUAUAGCUUUGCCAUCAUAAUGCGGGAACUUAUCUACAGCUCAGAGGAUGGACCAUACAACAUCCAGCUAGAACCAAAAGAGAUUAUCAAACAAUUGCAGACCCCUCUCUUUGGGGAACCUCUCAGACCAACUUUCUCUGCCCAGUUGUGUGAUGAGAGUAUCAUCACCUUGCUGGUGGCCUGUUGGAGUGAGAACCCAGAUCACAGGCCACCAUUUGGUUCAAUCCGGAGACAACUGAAAGCGACCAGUCCAGACACUCAUGCAAAUAUCCUCGACAACAUGGUUGAAAAGUUGGAGAAAUAUUCGAAUCAUCUUGAGGAAGUUGUGGAAGAGAGAACUAAUCAACUGACGGCAGAGAAGACCAGAGCAGACAAACUUCUCUCCAGCAUGUUACCCAGGUAUAUUGCAGACCAACUCAUGGCAGGGAAGUCAGUGGAGCCACAAGGGUAUGAAAUGGUGACUAUCUUCUUUUCCGACAUCGUGGGUUUCACUUCUAUGUGCUCCAUCAGCUCAGCCCUGGAGGUGGUCACACUACUAAACGACCUCUACAGCCUGUUUGACGAUACCAUAAAGCUCUAUGACGUCUACAAGGUGGAAACUAUAGGUGACGCUUACAUGGUGGCAAGCGGGCUACCCAUCAGCAAUGGCAACAAGCAUGCAGAUGAGAUUGCUACUAUGGCUCUGCACUUCCUGUGUGCCAUCAAGGUCUUCAAGAUACGCCACCUUCCCAAUGAGAAACUGGCGCUACGUAUUGGGAUCAAUUCAGGCCCAGUAGUAGCUGGAGUGGUGGGUACAACAAUGCCACGCUAUUGUCUCUUCGGAGACACUGUGAACACUGCUUCGAGAAUGGAGAGUAACAGCUUGCCUCUUAAGAUUCAUAUCUCCCAGAGCACAGCUGACAUUUUAACAGAGAUUGGGUCAUUUGCGUUGGAGGAGAGAGGAGAGAUUGAGAUGAAGGGUAAAGGCAGUCAGAAGACCUACUGGUUGAUGAAUAAAGAUGGUUUCAAUCCUAUUCUCGGAGCCCACAAUUCCCCCCCAAGCUCAACAUCAAACCAUCAACAGGGGUCUGGCCGACAGCAUCCCAAGACCAAGACAUUAGAGAGAAAGUGAGAGGACCGAUAUUGAUGUCCAAGCCCCACAUGACUGUGACAUCAACACUCGCCACUGUCAACACAUAACGAUUCAGAGAAGUUAAGGUAGUGCUUAAGGAACACUGUUUUUAAAAUUUGGCAGGAAACCAUGAGUCUAAAUGAAAGAUUUCACAUACCUGUCUGUGCAGCUCAAGGACUUUUCAAUAUUUUUUAUAUUUACUUUCUAAUAUUACUGGUACAUAAAAAGAUGGCGGUUGUACAUCGAUCCUCAAGCUUUUUGCAUUUGAAUGUGAAUAUAUUCAUUUCACCAACAUGGUUGGUUAUGAAGACUCUUAUACUAUGAUAAAGUGGUCAAAUUGAUAACUAAUAACUAAGUGUUUUUG